AUGCGCAAGGGCAACUUCGAGGUGUUGAUUAAAAGUGAGGGCCGCGAGCUGCCCGAGUACCAACUGGAAGCCGUAGACGACAAGACCGUGGCCUGCUAUAUCCGAGUGAAGUCGGAAAGACCUUCGACAUCUACUGCAAUGGCGACACGCGAGGCGACAAACACGAUACAACCGUGA